AACUAAAGGUCCUGCAAAAAAGCUGCUAAAGAAACCUGCUUCUGUGAUCAUUGCUUCCGCUGACAGCACCGGUGCAAUUCCAUUGGUAUCGAAGCUGUCUCCAGGACAAGCCGCUUAUCACUUUUUGGCAGGCUAUCAGGAUGGAAAAUUCUUGCCUGCUUUCAGCAGAGGUCCUUCGCCUCUUGAUCCGCUAGCACUUGCCAUUGCCCUAUUGUCACAUUUAAAGAAUAAUGAGAUCUCGUCCUUCUUGAUCAAUGUUAACAGUGGUGGAAAGCAUAUAACUGGUGAGGAGAUUAUUAGACUUGCUUCAGUCACUUUAUCCGAUAAAGCGCCAGAGGGCAAAACAGGGAUUGUUGAUUCCAAAGUUAGAGAUCUCAAGGGGAAGUACAGGAGUUUUUUAUCUAGUAAGUUUCAGGAGCUGCCUGAAGAGUUCACAUUUUGA